CUUGAACGCGGCUCCAUUAUUCUGUUGUUCCUCCAACGUCCCAGGAUUCCGUAGUGCGGCUAGGCUGUCCACGUCAAGCACUGUGACAGCACGGCAUCAAGCUGAGAUGGCUGCAGUUGAAGUGCCAGUCCGACUCCUUUGUUGGAAAGGGUGAACAUUUACAGGUUAAAGACGACCGAUUUAAUAGUCCGACAAUUGUCAAUGUUUGCCGGAUCAUACACGAUCGAGCUUUUCUAGGAUCAUAAACUCUCGGGUACAGUACUAGUCUACAGUGAGACGAGACCUAGCCAGCUGUCGUUUACCAGCACAUAACUAGUCAGCUACCUAGCUAGCAUACUAUCCAACUUCAUUCUUCCAGUUUGACAUUUCCUCAAAGGCGUCCAGAACACGUUUUUCAGUAAUCGAAAUAAUCACGAAAGACGUUUCUAUGAGUUUUGACGGAGAACUAAAUUGCAUCAGGGUAGGGUCAAAAUCGAUCGCCAACUUGGUAGCUUGUUUCAGGUAGCCAGUGUUCGGCCUUUUUGUUUGUUAUUGUUUAGCUAACGUUAGGUCCUUAGCUAGUUUGCUACCGCCCGAAGAUGUCAUCGUGGCUAGGUGGGCUGGGCUCCGGCCUGGGUCAAUCUCUGGGCCAGGUUGGGGGAAGUCUCUCGUCAUUUACCGGACAAAUAUCUACCUUCACCAAAGAUAUGCUGCUGGAAGGAGUGGAGGAGGUUGGAGAUGCGUCCACAGAGCUGCAGGUGUCCGUUUCUAAGCUAGAGCAAGUGGAGGCAGAGUACGAGCGUUUAAAGAGGAUCCAUGCUGAGAUGGAGGAGAAGCUGGAGGCCUCAGAGAUCCAGAUAAAACAACAAUCUGUGGAAUACAGGACCCUGAUGCAACAGAAAGAUGUUGAGAUCAGCCACCUGAAGGCCCGUCAAAGUUGCCUGCAGGAGGAGGUCCAAAAGCUUCAGCUCUCUGCCCAAUCAACCUCGUCCGGCCUUGCUGUACUUCCUGUCACCACUGCCUCUGCCACCACUACUUCUUCCUCCUUCCUGUCCCAUUCCCCGGGGGCCGCCCUCCAUCAGGGUUUCCAUGGCAGCGAUGAGAUGGACUUCAGUGAUGUCAUCUGGUCCCAGCAGGAGAUUAACCGCCUGUCCGCUGAAGUCACGAGGCUGGAGGCUGAGGUCUCUCACUGGAGACGGGUCUCUCAGGCACCAGGAGCAACGAACGGUGACCAGGGAGAAGUCCCGAAGCUGCAGAGGAUCAUCAAGGAGCUGCGUGAGGAGAUGGGCCGCGAGGUGGACGAACAUCAACAUGAGCUGGCGGCACUGCAGGACGCUCAGAGGCAGAAGAUGGCGGAGGUGACCCGGCGCCACCGGGAGGAGCUGGCGGAAUACGAGGAGAGGAUAGAGGAACUGGAGGAGCAGAUGCAGAUGGGUGCUGCAGCCAUCGCUCCUCAGGACUCCCCCCAGGUCUCAGAACUCCUGAACACCAUCCGGUCUCUACGGGAGGCGGCAGCGGAGCACGAGGAGAGGCUGAAGGAGGUACAGCAGCGGCAGGAGCGGAACCUGGAGGAGCUGCGAGCUAGUCUGGAGCAGGAGAGGAGGAGACAGGCCGUGCUGAAACAGGAGAAGGAGGAGGUGCAGGGAGAGAACGCCGAGCUGCUGCAGAACUACACGCGGCUCCAGGCGUCCGUCACAGAGCUUCAGACGCGUGUCCAAGAGCAGCAGGGAAAGGCCCAGAACAAGUCCCAGCUGGAGCAGGAAGCCCAGGGGCUAAGGAACGCCCUGGCAGCGGCCGAAAUGGAGAUCGCGAGGCUGAACGCUGUCAUUGAGGCGGAACCCAGAGCGGAGGCGGAACACGCCGACAUUCUAGAACUCAACACUGUCAUCGGAACCCUGAGGAGAGAGAAUGAAUUGGUGCUGCAGGAGAAGCUGAUUCUCCAGGACAAACUAGCACAGGCCGAGGAGAAAGCGAAGUCAGACAGCCUUGACGACGCGGAAUCCUUCUCAGAGGAGGUGGCCCUGCUCAAGACAGAACUGGAGAAGAAGGUGCAGGUGCUAAAGGAGACCCAGGAGGAACGAGAUACACUCCUCAAUGAGUUGGAGGAACUGGAUCGACAGAACCAGCAGGCAACGCAGCAUGUCAUCUCAGUAAAGGAGCAGCUCACUGUUCAGCUGAAGGAGGCAGAGUCUGAAGUGGCCAGACUACGGUCAGAGCUACGUACCUCCACCGACCAGAGGGUGGCGCUGCAGGAAGAACUGCAGACCCAGCAGGAGAAACUAAGUCAGAGCGCCUUCACCCUAAAUGACCUCCAUAUGAAUAAGCAGCAGCUUGAGGGCACCAUCAAGCAGAUGAAGGAGAAACUGGGAAAUGUGACAGAGAAGGGCAAGGAGGCGCGAAGGGAGAACCAGGAGCUCCGUAGAGCCAUUCAGGAGAAAGAGGAGCAGCUGUCUUCAGCCCGGGCGGAGCUGUGCGAGGCUGGGGAGAAAGAGAGAGAGUCUGGGAGGUCCAGAGGGGAGCUGGAAGAGCUCAGGACAGAGCUGGCGGUGACGAGAACCUCCCAGGACAAGGUUCUGUCGGAAGUCUACGAUGUGAAGAUGGAGAACCAGAGGCUGACGGCUGAGGCGGAGCUGUACCAGAGCAGGGUGGAGGACCUCGGCAGACAGGUUAGAGAAGGGCAGGCUGCUCUCAGCCGGGUGACCCUGGAGAAGGACACCCGCAUCGAGGCUCUGAAGCUGGAGAAGAGGCAGCUGGAGGCAGAGCUUAGCCAGGCGGAGCGGGGCCUCCAGGAACAGACCAGGCAGUACCAGCAGACUGUGGACGAGCUGACCUCCGCCCGCUCCAUGGACGCCUCCGCCCUCCAGACUGAGCAUGAGAGGACAGUGAGACUGAACCAGGAUAAAGACCUGGAGAUCUCUCAGCUGAGGAGGGACGUGGAGCAGAUGGCGUCUGACCACAGAGACACCAACGAGAUGCUCUCCAUCACCGUGGCCGGACAGAAACAGCUGACCGACCUCUUGCAGGAGAAGGACCUGUUCGUGGAGAGCCUGAGGGCUACCAUGGCCACCACCCAGCAGGAGAUGGAGGCUGCGGCCCAAGAAGCCAAGCAGGAGGCUGAGGCCCUCCGAGGAGCUCUGGAGGAGAAGGACCGACACCUGGGAGCCAUGAAGGAAGACAACAGCCACCUGAAGGAGGAGAUCGAUCGCCUCCGGGACCAGCAGAGCAGACCGCAGCUUCCCGGCCUCUCCGAGCCACGCACCCUGGACAUCAUCACAGAACUCGAGACUGAGAUCACCCAGCUGAAGAGCUCGCGGGAGACCCUGGAGGAGCAGCUGCAGACCCUGAGGAGGAGCGAGGAGGAGCUUCGGGCUCACGUCCUCUCCUCCCAGCAGGCUCUACAGACCCAGCAGAACGAACUGGAGCAGGCCCACCAGCGCCACGAGCAGAGCCGUGAGAACUACGAUCGGCUGAUCCUCGCCAAGGACCAGGAGAUUGGACGCCUGCAGCAGAAGGUUCUCCAGGGGCACACCCACUCCACACAGGAACAGGAAGUGGUAAUCCUCCAGCAGGAAGACAAGACCCAGUCGUCCCUGAACAAUGGAGAAAACGGCAACGAGAAGCAUGACCUGUCCAAGGUUGAGAUAGAGCGACUAGUGAAAGGCAUUCAGGAGAAGGAGACCGAGAUCAGCCAGCUGAACGAGAAGAACCUGAACCUCACCAGACAGCUGGACCUGCUGGUGGGCUCCAGGGAGGAGAUGGGAAAGCUCUCUCAGAUGGUCCUACAGAAAGACCUGGAGAUCCAGGCGCUGCACGCUCGAGUGUCCCUGGGUGCCGGAGGACACAGCCAGGACGUCCAGUUCCUCCAGCAACAGCUGCAGGCCUACGGUGUGGAGAGAGAACAGGUCCUGGCCGUGCUGAAUGAGAAGACGAGGGAGAACAGUCAGCUGAGGUCAGACUACCAUCGCAUCAUGGACAUCGUGGCGGGGAAGGAGGCGGCACUGCUCAAGGCCCAGCAGGAGAACAUGAGGCUGUCCUCCAUGUCCGACCCAUCCGGGAGCCAAGAGAUGUUUAGGGAGACCAUCCAGAACCUGUCCAGAAUCAUCAGAGAGAAGGACAUUGAGAUCGACGCCCUGACCCAGAAGUGCCAGACCCUGGUCAGUGUGCUGCAGGCUGGAGACUCGGGAGGAGUUAGUUCCAACCAGUUUGAAGAGUUGCUGCAGGAGAGGGACAUGCUGAAACAGCAGGUGAAGAAGAUGGAGGAGUGGAAGAUGCAGGUGAUCACCACGGUGAAGAACAUGCAGCAUGAGUCCGCCCAGCUGGUCGAGGAACUCCACAAGCUACAGGGAAGGGUGGACGCGGACAGCGACUGCACCUCCAACCUGUCGGUGGACUACAGCCGCCUGAUCCACAGCUACGAGCAGAAGAAGAGGAAACUGGGCACCCUGAGUCACGAGCUGGCCAACGUCCAGCAGACCAUCAGUCAGCUGAGCAGCACUAAGGACGUGCUGCUGGGGAAGUUGGACAGCGUGGCGCAGGCCCCCGAAGCCGGCGCUCCGUCUGCAGCCCCGCCUCCCGUUACCGCAGGGCCUCCCGGCCACGAGGUGGCAGCGCCGUCUCCAGCAACGGGAGACGAGGAGGGCCUGAGAAAGGAGCUGGAGUCUCUGAAGUCACUCCUGGCCGAGAGGGAGAGCCUGAUCAGGACGUUGCAGGAGAACAACCAUCGCCUCUCCAACUCCACCCGGGCGUCAGAGAGUGAGCAGCGCGGCCAGGCGGAGGAGGCGCGACAGCUCCGAGAGCGGCUGGAUGCUCUGCAGAGGUCUGUCAGGGAGAAGGACCUCCUCAUCAAGGCUAAAGGAGACCAGCUUAACCAGGUCAGCGAGAGCCUGAGGAAUCGCGAGAGCGACAACGAGGUGCUGAAACAGGCUGUGACCAACCUGAAGGAGCGCGCCUUGAUCUUGGAGAUGGACGCCAGGAAGCUGAAAGAGGAGAACGAGGCGGUGGCUCAGCGGAGCCGGGAGAAGGAGUCCGAGUUCAGGGCCCUGCAGGAGACCAACAUGCAGGUGUCCCUUCUCCUCCGGGAGAAGGAGUUUGAGAGGAGCACCAUGUCAGAUAAAUCUGCUGCCCUGGAGAAAAUGCUCAAGGACCGAGAACAGGGCAACAGUCAGAAGUCAGGGGAGCUGAACCAGCUGCUGAAUGAGCUGCGCUCCAUGCAGGAGAAGGCUGUGGCCUUCCAGCAGGAGAGGGACCAGUUGAUGCUGGCGCUCAAACAGAAACAGAUGGAGACCACAGCUGUGCAGGCCGAGCUGCAGCAUGUGAAGGACAGAGAACAGCGUUUGAACUUUGAACUGGACCGCCUGAAGAAUCAUCUGUUGGAGAUCGAGGACUUUUACACGAGAGAGGCAGUGGCCGCAGAAGACAGGGAGGCGGAGCUGCGUAGGAGAGUCACGCUAUUGGACGAAAGACUGGCCACUUCCUCUAGCCAGGUGGAGAGCACCAGCCACCAGGCGUCGCUGCAGGUGGAGUCCUUACAGGAGCAGCUGAAUGGGACGGUGAAGCAGAGAGACGAGGCCCUCAUGCAGCUAUCUACUGCCCAGGAUCAGGUCAACCAGUACGCUAUGUCCCUGUCCAACCUGCAGAUGGUGCUAGAGCAGUUCCAACAAGAGGAGAAAGCCAUGUAUUCGUCCGAGCUUGAAAAGUUCAAGAGGGAGAAGGACGAGUGGAGAAGGAAAGCUCUUAAACUGGAAGAUAAAGCAUCAGCUCUCCAGAUCAAUCUGGAUGAGGCUAAUGCUGCCCUGGAGUCCGCGUCCAGGCUCACCGACCAGCUUGACCUGAAGGAGGAGCAACUGGAGGAGCUGAAGAAACAAGUGGACGUGCGUCAGGAGAUGUUGGAGGAGGCUCAGAACAAGCUGAUGAACCUUCUGAACAGCACCGAGGGAAAAGUCGACAAGACUCUAAUGCGUAACCUGUUCAUUGGCUACUUCCACUCCCCGAAAGCCAAACGCUCCGAGGUGCUGAGGCUCAUGGGUAGUGUCCUGGGACUGGACAAGGAUGAGGUCAACAAGUUGUUGGAGGAGGGGGGUCACGGUGUUGGAGGCUGGAUGUCCAGCUGGCUGGGGGGUCGAGCUGUACAGAGCGUGCCCAACACGCCUCAGAGACCAGGCCCAGGCCAGGGGGGCUUCAACACUUCGUUCUCUGAAAUGUUUGUGAAGUUCCUUGAGGUGGAGUCCAGCCCGGCCUUGCCCGCUCCUAAACUUCCUGUCUAUGACAUCAAGCCUCUCAGCGCCCCGCCACCAGGACGGACCUCCAGCUCCGCCUGGGCUUCGCCCCCAGAAGGAGGUGUGGCAGCCGGCAGGGGACCAAGAACACCUGGGGAGUCCAAUCCCUUUCUGGCGCCGCGUUCUGCGGCCGUACCACUGAUGCAUCAUGGGAGUGGUAGUUCCAGUGGAUCGGGAGGACACCUGCUGAUGAAGCCAAUCUCAGACGCCCUGCCCACCUUCACCCCCGUGCCAGUGUCUGCCGAGAGUGCAGGCCAGGUGCUCAAAGACUUACUGAAGCAGUGAUUGGAGACACUGUCUGUCACUCAGAGCUUCUCAUCCAAUUGGGAGGAGCGUAGACCUAGACUAAGACAAAGGAGCAGAAACUGAAUUGCUGCUUUUCAUCCAACUGUCAGACUGUGAUGAUUCUCAUUACUUCCACACAGCAGGAAUUGAAGUCAGGCCAAAACCCCUUCAAUUCAAUGUCUGGUUUUUUUUUAUCCUACACUUGGGUUGAAAUAAUCAUCUUUAUUUAUUAAAGAUCAAAUUCCUUAGCAUUAUUAAAGAGACAGGGUAGCGUCAACGCCCCGGGUUUUCUGUCAGACCGUGUAACAUGUUCCGCCACAUUGUUACAGAUCUACAGCAAACGGAGGAGUGAACUGUGUUUAAUGGCCGUGCAAUAGGAGGAAUGUGAGUGGAGGACAACAUCGUGGUUGUGUUACUUCAUAUGAGACUUUGGACAAUUGGGGAUGUUUAAUUUUCUUAUUUUCUGAAGUUUUGUAUUCUCUUUUUUUUGUUGCCAUAAGCCUAUACUCUGGUGCUGUGCAAAAUGGCCCACUCAUUCCUACAUAGUGUACUUUCCCAGGGUUCCAGUCAGAAAUAGUGUACUAUUUGGGGCACACAUCCCAUCUGAUCUGAUUCAGGCUCGCCUGAUGCCUCCAGCCAACAGCAAUGCCUAACAGAUUUGUGUCUUUCUGUGCAUCUGGUAAAACCAUACAGACGUUUUCCGCUAAAUCCUCUGUUUUCCGGACAGACGUUGAUUAGACCUCGAAAUACACAUGCUGUGGUAAAUUGCAGUAACCGUGGGCUGUGGCUUGAUCAGAGGGCCUGACUAUGGGUCUGUCUCAAGUGGCACACUAUUCCCUGCACUAUAGAGAAUGUAGAGCACCCUUUUGGACAUACCCUAUUUGACUGCUGUAUGUAUUAAAUAUACAGUGCUAUUAUAUAGUUAUAUAUAUGUAAAUGGGGGAUAUUUUUCAUAUUUAUAGGCACUUGGGCAGUUCUGAAAGUACUGUCUCAAGUUUGGACCGAUUUUGCUAUUCAGAUAGGACUAUGAUUUGGUUUGUAAAUGAAUGACAUGAAAUAUAUAUUUACAAAAGUACGGGAAACUGCACAUUAAAAAGGUUUACAUUGUCCUAAGAUGUUGAGCUAACUUUACAAUCGACUGCAACAAAAAGAAAGUCACAGAUGCUUCAAGAAAAUGAUGGACACAAAAAAAACUGUAUACCCAUAUAAUCUCUUAAAAACAGAUUAAAAGAUUCCGAAUUCUUAAUGAAAUGUUAGAAAAAUCCUGGAACUGAAAAAAAUAAUGGAUCUAAAGAUCUGUACCCGAUUUUUUGCGUUUGUUGUUUAAAUAAAAUAAAGAUAUUAGUCUGCUGUGAAGAUGAGGGCCACAGUGUUUGAGCCAAAAGAAACCGAUUCGCUUCGUGAUCUCUACAAGUAUCUACAUG